UCGUGCAGAACUGAACUCAUAUAAAGAUACAAGUAUAAAACCCGUCACUACACACACGUGCCUCUUUUCUUUUCUUCCAUUAGCAGCGUCAUCAUCAUCAUCAUCAUCAUCAUCGACAUGGCCCACGCACGCGGCGUCUACCUCAACCACUCGACGGGCCGCUCUGUCCGCCCCGUCGACAACGCACCCCUCGCCCAGGCUUUCCAUCAGCAGCUCCCCUCCUUCGCAACGACGCCCCUCGUCUCUCUUGAUGAAGUCGCCAGGGAGCUCGGCGUCAGGGCCGUCUUCCUCAAAGACGAGAGCAACAGGCUCGGCCUCCCGUCCUUCAAGAUCCUCGGCGCGUCAUGGGGCACCUACCGCGCCGUCACCACACACCUCGGCCUGCCCGCCGACACGCCCCUCGAGCAGGUCGCAGAGGCCGCCCGGAAAAACUCCGUCUCGCUGUACGCCGCCACCGAGGGGAACCACGGCCGCGCCGUCGCCGCCAUGGCCCGCAUCCUCGGCGUGCCGGCGCACAUCUACAUCCCGAGCACCGUGUCCGACGACGCCGUCACGCGCAUCGCCUCCGAGGGCGCGCACGUCGUCGUGAGCGACGCCCACUACGACGAGGCCGUCGCCGAGGCCGCGAGGGCCGCCGCGUCGAUCUCCGGCGGGCUGCUGAUCCAGGACAACGCGUUCGAGGGGUACGAGCAGAUCCCCGCCUGGAUCGUCGAGGGGUACUCGACCCUCGUCCUCGAGGCCGAGCAGCAGGUCGCCGAAAGGGGCCUCAAGCCGUCUCUGCUGGUCACCCCCGUCGGCGUCGGGUCCCUGGCGCACGCCGUCGUCUCUCACUGCAAGUCCGACGGCCGGGACUGCGCCGUCCUCGCCGUCGAGCCCGAUACCGCGCCGUGUCUCUGGACGAGCCUCACGGCGGGAAGGCCGGUCUCGGUGCACACGUCGCGGACCAUCAUGGAGGGCCUCAACUGCGGCACCGUCUCGCUAACGGCCUUUGACGACCUCCAGGCGGGCAUCGACGCCAGCGCCACCGUCUCCGACUUGGAGGCGCACGAGGGCGUCGAGUACCUCGGGACCAAGGGCGUCAACAGCGGCCCCUGUGGCGGCGCCACCGUCGCGGCUCUUCGACGGCUCGCACAGGUCAGCCCGAGACCCGGGUUCCUCUCGAAGGAUGCCGUCGUCGUGCUGCUGAACACCGAGGGCCGGCGGAGCUACAAGACGCCCCUGGACGUCUCCGUCGACGACCCCGUCAAACUGACGCAGAUCCUCACGUCCAUCGACUCCUCGAACCCGGACCUGUCCGCGGCGUCGGGCGCGGGGGAGACGGAGGUCGCGGCCUACAUCUCCGCCUGGCUCCAGCACCGCGGCAUCGAAACCCACUGGCUGGAGACGGCGAAGCCCGGCCGGCCCUCCGUCGUCGGCGUUCUCCGCGGCCGCGGCGGCGGCGGCAAGUCCCUCAUGCUUAAUGGACAUAUCGACACCGUCAGCUUGUCGAGUUACUCGCCGGACCUAGACCCGCUGAGCGGAGACCUGAAGCCGGACGACGACGGAGGCCGCAUCUUCGGCCGCGGGGCCGCGGAUAUGAAGGCCGGUGUCGCCGCAGCCAUGGCCGCCAUGGCCCGGUUUAUCAACACUGAAUCCUCCUCGUCACUGUCAUCGUCGUCGUCGUCGUUAUCGGCAUCGGCAUCGGCAUCAAGCUCCGCGUUACUGCGCGGCGACGUCAUCCUCGCCGCCGUAGCUGACGAGGAGAAUUUCUCCUUCGGCACUCAAGAGGUCCUCGACGCCGGCUGGAGGGCCGACGCCGCCAUCAUCCCGGAGCCGACGUCCCAGGAGGUCGUCAUCGCCCACAAAGGCUUCGUCUGGGUCGAGAUCGACGUCCUCGGCGUCGCCGCCCACGGGUCCAUGCCCGACCAGGGCGUCGACGCCAUCCUGCUCGCCGGUGCGGUGCAGACGGCGCUCCUCGAGUACGCCGGCACGCUGCCGGAGGAUCCCCGACUGGGGAGGGCGUCUUUGCACGGCGGCCUGAUCCGCGGCGGCGAGGAGCCCUCAAGUUACCCGGCGCGCUGCACCCUGACGGUCGAGUUCCGGACGGUCCCGCCGCAGACGCCGGCAUCCAUCCUCGCGGACGUCGAGGGCAUCUUGAGGCGCGUGGCGUCCGGCAACCCCGGGCUCAAGUACGCGCCUCCUCGCGUCACCUUCUCGCGGCCGUUUUUCGGCAUGGACGAAGGGGACGGCUUCGUCAAGACGUUCCUCUCUGGCGUGUCGAGCUCGUUGGGCGUAGAUGCCCCGGCCCCGGCUGCGUUGUCCUUCUGGUGCGAUGCCGCGUUGCUGUACGAGGCCGGCAUCCCUUCCAUCGUGUACGGGCCCAAGGGCCAUGGGAUUCACAGUAAGGAGGAAUGGGUCAGCGUAGCGAGCAUCCGCGAGGUGACGACCGUCCUCGAGACCGUUAUCAAAGACUUCUGUGCCUAGU